AGGUAGAAUUCGAUGUCAUCGUGGCAGCCAUUAAACCCUUCCCAGUAUCAUCUCGCUACGCCUGCUUGCGUUUUGGAACUCGCGUUUUGGGAAUGGCGAGUUCAUCUUCAUCCAUUGCCGUCUCUGGAGGUUCCUCUUCUGUCGAUUCGGAAACUCUCCGUAGGAAUCGAGUUCUUUCCAGCAAGCUCUACUUCGAUGUGUCUCUCACCAAGGUUCCUCUAAUUUACUCUUCUUCCUAUGACAUCGCAUUUCUUGGGAUGGAGAAACUGCACCCUUUUGAUUCAUCAAAAUGGGGUCGAAUAUGCCGGUUUCUCAUCAAAGAUGGUGUUCUUGAAAAGAAUCAGAUAGUUGAGCCUCUUGAAGCUUCAAAAGAUGAUCUACUUGUGGUGCACCCAGAAUCAUACUUGAUUAGCCUGAAAAGCAGUCUGAACAUCUCCAUUAUAAUUGAGGUGCCUCCUGUUGCACUACUGCCCAAUUGCCUUGUGCAGCAGAAAGUGCUGUAUCCAUUCCGUAAGCAGGUGGGGGGAACCAUUUUAGCAGCAAAGCUUGCAAAAGAACGAGGAUGGGCCAUCAAUGUCGGUGGAGGGUUUCAUCACUGCUCUGCAGAGAAAGGAGGUGGAUUCUGUGCAUAUGCAGACAUUUCACUUUGCAUUUGUUAUGCUUUUAUCCGGUUAAAUAUUUCGAGAGUUAUGAUUAUUGAUCUUGAUGCACAUCAAGGGAAUGGCCAUGAAACUGACUUUUCGCAUGACAAUAGAGUCUAUAUUCUGGACAUGUACAACCCUGAGAUAUAUCCUUAUGAUUUUGGGGCUAGGAGGUGCAUUGAUCAAAAGGUUGAAGUAGGGAGUGGAACCAGCACUAAUGAGUACUUAAAGCAGUUAGACAAAGCACUUGAGGUUGCUGGCCGUACAUUUGAUCCCGAGCUGGUGGUGUACAAUGCUGGAACUGAUAUCCUAGAUGGAGAUCCUCUGGGCAUGUUGAAGGUCAGUCCUGACGGAGUGGUCAGUAGAGAUGAGAAGGUGUUCAGAUUUGCCAAAGAGAAGAAUGUUCCUCUUGUUAUGCUUACAUCAGGUGGUUACAUGAGAUCCAGUGCAAGGGUUAUAGCAGACUCACUGAUAAAUUUGUCAAAGAAUUGCUUGAUAGACUUGGGCAGCCCUUCAGGGAAAAUGUGAAUGCUAUGAGAAUGUGGUAUUUGAAUGGUUUUUGUGAUGAACAUAUCAACAAAAAAGAGUAGAACAGAAAUUAUAUAUAGAAGAUAAGAGAAGAAUUGUAUAUAGUGAUGUAACUUAUUGUAACACUAAAUGGAAACAAUAUAUUCUUCAACUG